UCCUUCCUCUUGGAGGAACAAGUAUCAGCAGAAAAAAUGGCGGAGGCUACUGUGUCCUUUGCUGUGGAAAGGCUAGGCGAUCUGUUAAUUCAAGAGGCAAGUUUCUUAUAUGGGGUUACUAAUAAAGUUGCGGAAAUUCAGGCUGAGCUUAGGUGGAUGAAAUGUUUUCUGAAGGAUGCGGAUGCAAAACAAGAUGAAGAUGAGAUGAUUUGCAAUUGGAAUGCUGAAAUUAGAGAGGCUGCAUAUGAUGCUGAAGACCUUUUGCCUUCAGAGUUGCGCUGAGGAGGAGAAGGGGUCUCCAAAAUAUCCUCAAGAGGUAUGCUUUCAUCUUCUCUGAACUUAUGGCAGUCCACAUGGUUAGGACAGAGAUUGAUGCCAUAAAAAACAAACUCUCCAGUCUCACUGCAAGUUUACAAAGGUAUGACAUAAAUAAAAUUAGAGGAGGAAGCUCAAGUUCCAGAAAUAGCAGGCAACAACUGAUCCGUAGGCCAACUUACUCCCACCUCGAUGAUGAAGAUACAAUUGGGGUGGGGGAAAGUACAAAGAUUUUGGUGGAACGGCUGGUGGAACCAGACAAGAGAUGCUCCGUUGUGUGCAUAUAUGGUAUGGGGGGUCUGGGAAAGACUACUCUUGCUAGAAAGGUUUACCAUCAUGUCCGUGUCAGGCGUCAUUUUGAUCAUUUUGCUUGGAGUUCCAUAUCUCAAUACUUGGACAUCAGAGCUGUUGUGCAAGGAAUACUGAUCAAAUUGACAUCUCCUUCGGGAGAGCAGAGAAGGGAAAUUGACAACAUGAGUGAUGAUGAAGUAUUGGAGAGAUUGUAUAAAAUUCAAGAGGAAAAGAAAUGUCUGGUGGUUCUUGAUGAUGUGUGGAGAAGACAAGAUUGGGAGAGUCUAAGACCUGCCUUUCCAAUUGGAAAGGAGGGCAGCAGGAUUGUGGUCACCACUCGGUGCCAGGCAGCUUCAAUUGUGGAUCCAAACAUGGCUUUCUUUCACCAACCAAAGUUUUUAACAGGGGAGGAGAGUUGGGAGCUUCUUCAGAGAAAAGCAUUGCCAACUAGAAAUGAUGAUGGUACAGAUCCUAGCAUUGCCAACGUGGAGGAGUUGGGAAAGGAAAUGGUAAGAUAUUGUGGAGGUUUGCCAUUGGCUAUUGUUGUGCUUGGUGGACUUCUAGCUACAAAACACACAUUCUAUGAGUGGGAGAGAGUUCAAAGAAAUAUUAAAUCAUACUUGAGAAGAGGCAAAGAUAAUUACGAGCAGCAAGGCAGUGGAGUGUCUGAUGUGUUAGCUUUAAGUUAUCAAGACUUGCCAUACUACUUAAAAUCAUGCUUUCUCUAUUUAGCCAAUUUUCCUGAGGACUAUGAAAUACCAACCAGACCUUUGGUUCGAAUGUGGGUGGCUGAAGGGAUUAUAUCAGAGGCGAGAGAAGAAACAUUGGAAGAUGUUGCAGAAGGGUAUCUGGAUGAACUAAUUGGAAGGUGUAUGGUUCAAGCAGGAAGAGUAAGUUCAAACGGAAGAGUCAAAACUUGUCGCCUACAUGACCUUAUGCAAGAUUUAUGUUCAUCAAAGGCAAAAGAAGAAAACUUUCUUGAGAUUAUUAAUCUUCAGGAAGUAGAGACAUUUUCAUCCUCUAGAGUAACAACACUCGUUCCAAAUAAAGUCCGAAGACGUGCCAUAUAUCUAGAUCAAUCUAUUCAUAUGGAGAUUGUUAAUAGAAAUGAAGGUGCUAAUAGCAACGCCAACUUGAACGUAGAGAAUGGUAUGCACCUUCGAUCUCUCCUAAUAUUCUAUCCACCAACAAAAAAUUCAGUCCACUGGAUGAUGAGGAAGUUGGACUUGAAGAACUUCAAACUAUUGAGAGUGCUUAGUCUUGAGGGACUUUCAUUGGAAGAAAAAUUACCAAGAGCAAUUGGUAACCUAAUACACUUGAAGUACUUAAGUCUUAAAUAUGCUAAGCUAUUAUGCUUUCCAUCAUCCAUAAGAAAUUUAAGUUGUAUCCAAACUUUAGAUUUACGGCUUGUCAGUGUUCAUCGGGUAACUUGCUCUAAAGUACGUGAUGUGAUAGGUAGAAUGAAAUGGCUAAGACAUCUUUGCCUUCCUCAAUAUCUUAAUAUGGAUGACAGCAAGGUGCAAUGGGACAGCCUAAGCAACUUGGAGACGCUAAAAAACUUUAAUGCAAAGCAAUGGGCUGUAAAGGAUUUGGCACACUUGGCCAAGCUUCGGAAAUUGAAGAUAAAUAAUGUCAAAAGCUUUAAAGAGUUGGGGGUAAUUCUCAAACCCUCUUGUCCCAUUUCAAACAUUCUUCAUUCCUUGGUUUUGGAUGAUGUAAGUUCCAAAAUUGAAGAAACAGAUCUAAGGCAGUUAUCUAUAUGCCAACAUCUUUAUAAGCUAUUCUUGGGAGGAGAAAUAAACAGUUUGCCUGGGCACCACCACUUCCCUCCAAACCUCAUGAAGUUAACCUUAUGGGAGUCUCACCUAAAACAGGAUCCGAUACCAAUUUUAGAGAAGCUUCUUAACUUGACAACCCUACACUUAAAGAUUGACUGUUACUUUGGGGAGGAAAUGGUUUUCUCUGCACAUGGGUUCCCUCGACUCAAGUAUCUGCAUGUCUCCUAUAUCGAUUACUUAAGAAGGUUGAGGGUGGAUAAAGGUGCAAUGCCUAAUCUUAAGAGUUUAACAAUUGUUAGAUGCAAAUCAUUGGAAAUGGUUCCUGAAGGACUAAGGUAUAUCACUACCCUUCAAGCAUUGGAGAUCAAGUAUAUGCACAAAGAGUUCAUGGAGAGGCUUCAAGUGAUAAAUGGAAAAGAAGGGGAGGAUUUUUACAAAGUCCAACAUGUGGCCUCCAUCUCAUUAAUUGUUGGUAAGUCAUUUGUACUUUUUCUUUUAUCCUUCUACAUAUAAAAAAACACAAAAAAAAAGGCAAGAACUCCACAUUUAUCCAUGAAUUUUUUUACUACAGAUUUUCAUUCUACCAAAAAUUCUUUCAAACAACUCUUUCAUCAUGUCAUAUGUUAUAUAUUGAGAGAGAAAAUGAUUUUCUCUUCAUAUGAUUUCCCUCUACUCAAAUGUCUGCAACUCUCUAGCAUCUAUUGCUUUUUAAGGUUGAGGAUAUUGGACAAAGGUAUGAUGCCUAGUCUUAGAGAGUUUAACAAUUGCUAACUAUAAAUCAUUAGAAAUGAUUGCCGAAGGAGAGGAUUUCUAUCACUAUCCUUAACAAAUUGAAGUUUGAGUUAAUGCCCAGAAAAUUCGCAAAGAGGAUUCAAGUGAUAAAUGGAGAAGGAGAGGAUGUCUACAAAGUCCAACUUGGUGCCUUCCAUCUCAUUACUUGGCCAUCCCAUAUGUAAGUCAUUUGUACUUUUACUUUUCUUCUUCUGCACAUACAAACACACCAAAAAACUGGCGAGCACCCCAUUUUUCCCCAUGAACUGCUUGACUACAAAUUUUCAUUCUUCAUAAAAAAUUCUUAAAAAAAAUAAAAAAAUAAAGAAAAUCUUUCAUGUCAUAUUAUUAUUCAACCAUUUGUUUGUUUAAACUAAUAGCGCAUUAAAAAAAUUAACCAUUUGAGGAAAAUUUGCUUAAAUAUAGGGGUUUUUAAAUAAUUCAAUUGUUUAAUAUACCACAAACACAACUUGUAGUGGACCAAGUUCCUUUUCUUUGCCCCAAAAAAUACACAUUGUUUUCAGGGAUUCAACUAUUUAUGGAAAGCUCAUACAUCAACUGCAAGAUAUGAAAAAUAAUUAAGCAUUUGCUUCCUCAACCAAUAUUCCUGGCUGUUAAUGCUUUUAGAUGAGUUUGUGCAUUAAAAAAACAUGUUAAGGACAACAUUUUGUUGUUGCUUUCGAGCACCCGUAGAUUGAAGUUAUGAAUCAAAGUUUCACUUAUUUUAACAGCCUUAAAUUGUUGAAAUGCCGCUUCUAACCAUGAUUUUGAUUAUGAGGUACCUAAAGAUGAAGAGAGAAGGAGCAACCACUGAAUGAAAAACUUACUGAUGGAUUUCAUCCAAUAGGCCCUGAUGGUGAAGUAAUGCUAAAUGGCAGCAGUGACUUGUGAGCAGCCAGCCUAAUUGGGAAAUUAGUGUAGUCCUCCACCUUUCACUGCUUCAUGCCCAGUACUCUUUUACUAAGUAGAAUGCGUGCUGUGGUAGAUGAAAUUCAACUGUCUGUGAUCUGAAAACAAUGUUCUCUCUCUGUCUUUUUUUUUCUCCUCUUAAUAGUUGGUGUGUUGCCAUAAAACCUUUGCUAGUUUUCUUGAUGUCGGGAUUGUUUUUGGAAGGUUCAGAUUGUGCUUUUUUGUGAUGCUUCAUUGUCCUGUUGUGUACAAUAAAAGUGGUUGUUUCAAUGCAAUUUCCCUU